UGGACCUGAACGGAAGGCUGAAGAAGCUCAGAGUUCGUUUGGAAGAGGUUCUGCAGUUACCGGUAGCGCGUUGGCGCAAGAGCCCUUUCAGCCAUGGUGUAGCCGAAGCAUGAUGUGUAGGUGGUUGAUCGCUGAGUAGCUGGCACGUGGUGUCCCUCGUUAUUAGCACCCGUGCCCACUCGGGAGACUAAAUUAGCUGGAGCUCUCAGGAAUCAGUGAUUCCAGAAAGUUUCACGAAUGCGGGCGCCAUUUUAGACCCUGGGUUCCCUUUUGCAUUGAACGUGGGCAGCGAUGUCCAAGAGCUGCGAAGGACUGCUCAAAGAGUUUGCACGGUGCCUGCUAGAAAGCGAUUGCGUCAAGGACGGCCGGCCUUACAAGGAGUGUGCGAAGCUGGGCGAAGGGGAGGGGGUAUCACCGGAGUGCGUGGGGAUCAGAAUGACGUACUUCCGGUGUAAACGGGGCCAGUUGGACAUGACUACUCGGAUACGAGGGAACAAAGGUUACUGACACAAGUUGCCUCACGUUGCCUCACGUGUCUUCCUUACAACGUUGAAAAUAGUGUAAGCACUGUCCUAGCUCUAGCAAUGUACCAUUACAAGUUAAAUGACUCACAGAGUCUGAUUGCGCUCCUGGCCGCCACCGUCAUGUGAGGUCACUGAUGGCGGUCAUGGCUGGGCUAUGCACGAAAGAUCACGUCGAUUCCAUUCUUUGAGCAAGACAUCAAGUAGCAAUCGAUACCUUCCGACUCAUGGCCAAUCUGAAUCGAUCAGGAUCCAGCCUAGCUAGCUGGCAGGCUCACAUGUCGGACUCACCCCGCUGCCGUCGCCCUCAAAGUGUCGAUCGGCCGAUCGGCCGAUCGGCCAUUGAACUGACC